AUGGCCACCGCCAAUGGUGGCAGGUUGAUGUUGAAUUUCGGUGGCAUAUACUACACGCACGACAAGAACGGACACCCUGUCGGCCACCGCUUCAGUGCCAUCCGCAGCUUUGAUGUUUGCGAAAAGAGCUGGACAAUUGAGGGAGACCUCGGGAUGGAUACUUUCGCAUUGCAAACAGCGGCCAGCCAGAAGCUUCAAAUUGCAGUGACCUGCGGGGGCGAGUCGGUGGAGAGGUUCUUGAAUCGAAACGGAAACCAGCCGUGGUGCAUUGUUCACCGUCCACGACACGACCUUGUUUUGGCCAAUCGUCAUGGCGUUGCGGCCACUCACGGAUUUCCUUCAGGGUUCGUUCCCGGCAAGGUGCAGGUUACUGGCAAGUCGACGAUUCUCGUGCCUGUCCCGACCACGACCACCAUGACGACAACGGCCAUGACGACCACCACGACCACUACGACCACCACGACCGCCACUACCACGACCACCACGACUACGACGACAGCGACCACAGAGGAUGCAGGCGACAAUGACGAAGACGACGUCGGGAAGCUGCCGAGCUCGGCCACUGCCGGCACCGUCUCCGCUGUGCUUGGACUCGCGGCGACUCAGCUUUUGCCUACGCUCAUGGGGUGA